UGGUGCACUAUAGCCAUGACGAUGGCCGGUUUGAAGACUUUAUGUUUAUCUACUCUCUCCUCCUAUCUUUCAAUAAACGUGAUACAGAAACACUGUGAACAAAUUGUAAUCCAUAUCUACGGUCGCUGUGCGUUGCCCUGAACUACACCGCAGUAGCUUUGAUGGUGUAGAAUCUCCGAUAUUGUGUGUAUCUGACAGAACAUGGGUAUUGCGCCAGCGGAGAGCAGCUGCCGAACCCGCAAUAUUGCUGGAGCACUGCGCAUUUUUCCUAUGUUUUAAAGGAACAUGAAUGAUUUUACUUGAAUGUUUAUUGUCGUUAUUAGAAUGUAGGUUCAUCGUCAGGUUCUAUUGAAAACAUGAAUGGUAUAUAUGAGGACCCUCUUCCACCUACCGACUGCCAACGGGCCAUAUAUGAUGACCCUCUGCCUCCGACAGUUUCUCCAAUGGAGGAUUUCAAGACUUCCAUCCCUGAUUUGGAUGAGCAUUAUUCGACAUUGGGCUCUCAACCUCUUACAAGUAGCAAUUACGAUGUGCUCAAGAGAGAUCCGCUCACAAAGAAGCCCAUCAUCAACAUGAAGCGCAUUUCGUUGGGUACGGAAGACGACUUCAGCACCAGCGCGAUAGAGACUGAGUAUGACAAUGUGAUCAAGGUGCCCAUCCUGACUACAUCGGGCGACGCAACACAGGAAGCUGAUGCAAACCUCUAUGACAACAUCGGAAAGGCGGAUUGCAAACAGAUACCUGGUGCAAUGCAGACAUCCAUUGACAGAAGUGCACAUGACAAUGCAGUCGUCCUGAUUUCCGAUGAUAUCGAAUUCAGCAUUUCCGCAUGUGAUAAUGUUCAAAGCCUGUCACGCGAGGGUGUACAGAGUUUGUCUGAAAACACACAGCUUACAGAUCCUGAUCAGUCAUUUUCAGCAUAUGAUGAUGUCAUUGGGGAACUGCCCAAUGCAACUCAUGAAGGCUCAUCGUACAUUGUCCAUGACGAUGAGGCACCGCUGGAGACAGCAGAAGGCACGCACCUGGCGUCGGAAGACUCAGUUCAGGAUAAUACCCUGAAGGAAGAUGCUAUGGUUUAGAAUGCUGCUCAAAGCGAUUCAGGGAAUGGACAACGGACACCGGCAAUAACGAAAUACACCUUCCUAUUAUUUCAAGUACAGUAACAGAUAAACACGAAACAGCCUAGACGUUGCUUUCUCCGAUUCCAAUACAUCCAUGAUGGUCUCUCUCUGGACACUUGCAAGCCUCACAUGUGCUAACGAUACACAGAUGCAAUGUAAUUCUGAUACUUUUCUGCUGACUUAGUACAUUUUAAUACCUCUUUUGCCUGUAUUUGAAAUUGUUUCAUUAUCUUCGAAAAGAAGUUGGUUGGGUUUUUUUAGGAGGGUGUUUCAGCUGAAACUAUAGCAAUAACUAAAAGAGAUUUAUGAUAUUUGGACGAGCUGAGAAUUGAGGGAGAGAAGUGUGAACGGAGUGGGCUGGCCACCAGUCAAUGCCAUGUUAUUGAACACAGUGUACAUUUCAAAGUUCGUACUUCAGGUACAGUUUAACCCUCUCACUACACAAUCAUGCUUCAACAAUCUCAUCAUGCUGGACUCUUGUCGUCUCCGAGAAUA